AUGAAGAUAACUUUUGUAAAAAUAAUUAAUUGUUUUUCUUCCUAUCUCUUAAUUCAAUUAUGUUUAUUUAAAACUUGUCUAAAUUCAAAGGCAUAUGAAAAUGAUGUAUCUCCAUCAUUUAAUAAGGUUCCAUUAUCUAAUGGUCCCUUAGAUCUACCAUCAGGUGUAACAAUAAAUCUAGGGUUAAGAAGGAGAAAAUAUAGUUCAAAUGAACAAAAAAAUGAUACAUACUUGAAAAAUGCACUUAAUGAUGAUGCAAAGAUAUUAAAAGAGUCUAUAAAUAAGAGUAAUUUUCGCAAGCCAGAAUGGGAUAACAAUUCAGUUGAGGAAAAGUUAUCUUAUGACUUCCCACCAUGGCUAUCUGAAAUGAUAAGCUCGUUCGAUAAGAGCAAAAGUACUUUAGGCUCUUUAGGUGUUGAGAAUUUGCCUGACCUAAACGAGUGCAAGAAAAUAAAUCAUUUAUCAAAGCAAAUGCUAUGUAUAAUUGAAGGCCUUGAUCGAAUAAAGGAAGUUUACGAAAAUGCUAAGGAUAUCACAUCUUUGACUGCCCGUGUCCUUGCGGGGGGAAGGCUAGCAGUGAAAGCUUUAACAAGACUGAAGACGUUGGCAUCUACCUUGGAAAAUAAGCAAUUAAUGAAAUCCUUAGGAACGCCAAUGGCCACCUUAAUAUUGUUACAACGCGAAUCCACCUCAGAUAGAAAUCGAUGGUUAUGUGGAAGUAUCUUAACUUUAUUAACUGACUUACCCGUAGUGUCUGACUUGGCUGAUAUAAAAACGGGUUCAUAUGGCCACGUUAAUGUUAUAAUGCCAAGACAAUCCAGAGUUCGUAACGCAGAUAGAAAUAUUUUAAGACUAAGAGAAGGUGCUUCUCCAUCAUAUCUUAUAAACGGAUAUACAUCUAUUCAAGCAAAUUAUACAACAUAA